CUUCAUUCAUUCAUGCAUGUGAAUAAAUUGCAUCGGGAUUCAGAUAAUAUAUGUGCGCUAAAUAAAACAAGAAAUUCAGAAAGAGAAAUAUUGAAAAAGGUUUCGACCUUCAGAAAUGACCUCUAAUUGAAGACAAGUCAAUAAGAAUUAAUUGCGCAUGCGUAAAUUUUCUUUUCCGUCAAAUGGUGUUUGGCGCGCUGAUAAGCACAAGUUGUUGAUCACGAUCAUGAUGAAAUUAUUCCUUUUAGUCGCACGGCAGAUACCAUACAUUCCUCACGUUCCUAAUCGUCACUGUUACGUCUUUACUUCUAUCGAAAAUGUCUAGUGCAGAAUUAACCAUGCAGAGGAAGAUGGCACGGCAAAAUGGAAUUGUGCAACCUUUACUGACAGAUCUGUAUCAAAUAACUAUGGCCUAUGCAUAUUGGAAAUCUGAUAGAGUCAAUGAUGUAGCAGUGUUUGAUUUAUUUUUCCGUACCAAUCCAUUCCAUGGGGAAUUCACUAUAUUUGCUGGCCUUGAAGAAUGCCUAAAAUUUUUGGAGAAUUUCCAUUAUUCGGACAGCGAUAUUGAUUAUUUGAUGCAUAUAUUACCAGACAAUAUUGAGCCAGAAUUUUAUGCUUAUUUAAAAGAUAUAACAUGCAAGGAUAUAAAACUGAGUGCCAUUGAAGAAGGUUCCGUCGUCUUUCCAAGAGUACCACUGCUGAGAGUGGAAGGCCCCCUAAUAAUUGCACAAUUGUUAGAAACGACCUUAUUAACCCUGGUUAACUUUGCAAGCUUAAUGGCUACGAAUGCGGCGCGAUAUCGGAUGGUAGCUGGUAGACACGUGUCGCUGCUGGAGUUCGGGCUGCGUCGAGCACAAGGCCCCGACGGCGGACUGUCAGCCUCGAAAUAUGCAUAUAUCGGGGGAUUUGACGGAACGAGCAAUGUAUUGGCCGGGAAAAUGUUCAACAUACCUGUGAAAGGGACUCAUGCGCAUUCAUUUGUGACAUCAUUCACCACUUUGGACGACAUACACUCGGUGGUACUGAGACAUGCAGAGACCGAGAAACAGUACAAUCUGUUAGAGCUGGCUCUGGAGUGGCGCAAGCGCGUCUCGUCCGUGAUAGACAUAUCCCCGGAAGGCGCAAGCGACGGCGAACUGGCCGCUAUGAUAUCAUAUGCCCUAGCAUUCCCGUCUGGUUUCUUGGCUCUAGUGGAUACGUACGAUGUCAAGAGGUAUAAUUUUCAAGGCUUACAGUCACGACACAGGCAGCAUAUGAAUGGGCAUUCUGGCUACAAUAGCAACUGUGGAACCAAUGGUCCCAGAGUACAAAACACACCGAGUAUAAAUAGUACAUAUGGAUAUAGCAUGGUCGAACGCACACUGAGGAGUGGUCUACUGAGUUUCUGUGCUGUGGCCUUAGCAUUGAAUGAUUGUGGAUAUCGAGCAGUGGGCAUCCGCAUCGACAGCGGCGAUCUGGCCUACCUAUCAGUGCUGGCUCGAGAGGUCUUCGAACAAGUCUCUGAAGCGUUCAAGCUGCCCUGGUUUGCCAAGCUUACAAUAGUCGCAUCGAAUGACAUCAACGAAGAAACGAUCUUAAGUUUAAAUGAACAAGGUCACAAAAUCGACUGUUUUGGCAUCGGCACACAUUUAGUGACGUGUCAGCGGCAGCCGGCCCUGGGGUGUGUUUACAAGCUGGUGGAAAUUAACGGCCAGCCUCGCAUCAAGCUGAGCCAGGAUGUCGGGAAAGUCACCAUUCCGGGGCAUAAGGAGGCUUACCGAUUGUUCGGCGCGGACGGGCACGCCCUGAUCGAUCUGCUGCAACGGUCGCUGGAGCCGCCCCCUCAGGUCGGCCAAAAGGUGCUCUGUCGACACCCCUUCCAAGAAUCCAAGAGGGCUUACGUCAUACCUAGCAAAGUCGAACACCUCUAUAAGGUAUACUGGAAAGACGGCAGCAUCUUCACCAUGCCUAAGCCACUAUCGGAAGUGCGUGAAAGGGUGCAGUCGUCGCUCCGAACAUUGCGGCAAGACAUCAAGAGGAAUUUAAAUCCCACGCCUUACAAGGUGGCAGUCAGUGAUGACCUGUACAGCUUCAUUCACGAUCUGUGGCUUCAGAACGCUCCCAUCGGCGAACUGUCAUGAGAACAAUAAACUGCACCGCGUAUAUUUACCAAGGAUUAGUGAGAUUUACUUUAUUAGUACAAGUACAGUCAAGGUCACCAGCUGUAGGUAUGGCCGUUAUCUUGUUAGAGUAAAUACUUUUUACAAUGUUGUUGGGACAUACAUUUAAUAAUAAUGAAUUAAACGGCAUGGCAUACAAUGUCAGAGGGUUGAUAGCUAUCUGUAGAGCUCUACAGAAUCUUCUACAAGCGAUGAUAACUUUAUGAAAGUUAUUCCUUUGUCCACCGAUAUGGUUUCCACAUAUUCUAGAUACAUUUUAUUUUAACAUAAACACAUUAAAUGUGUUACAUAGUUGUGCUUGUGUUUGAAACAAGCUUUAAAAUGGAUGUAGGUAAAAAUCUGGAUUUUAUUUUUGUUUUCAUGCUAGUCAAAAAGAACAAAUAAGUAUCUAAUUAAUUAUGCUUUGACACCAAAAUCUUAUUUGCAUGUUCUUGUUCAAUAUAUUAAUACAUUUAUUGUCGCAUUCCUUACUCUUACGAGUAUUUCAUUGCCUUUGACCAAAGUAUCCAUCAACUCCAUUACGAUAUAGAAUACAGCUGUGUUGUGUAACCUACCAAGGCACAUCUAGAUUUAGUAAAUUAUAUAUUUUUCAGAGAGUAAUUAAAUGUAUCACAUUUUUAUAAACACUAAUAGUUGGUAUGUAUUUAAGUCACAUCACAGUUCUUAGUGAAUACUGAAUAUUGUACAAGCUACGAUAUGGAAAUGUAUUGAAUUCAAAAUGCAUUUAGUUUCCUGUCUUGACAUUUGCUUUAUAUUGCAUAGAAUCAGAUGUGGGUCCUUAGUGAUAGAAGAAUGAUCAUUUGUUUGAAUAAUUCUUUUAGACGCUUAGCUAGUACUUAGUAUUUUCUAGAUGUUAGUGCUAGGUAUCUUCUUAAAGCAAUGUGAAAUAAAAAAAAUCGAAUCUUAGGGUGUCUAUUGAGUGGCGUAGGAGGGUUCCGCGAAAUAAAGGGUGGUGUACAUUAUGCUACACAUAUAACACUACAGAGAGGAAAUGGUUAUUUUUAAGUAAUAAAGUGUAUUUGUAGCGUCUUUAUAUUUAAGCGGAUUUGGUGAUAAUUAGCUUUGUGAUGAAUAAAUAAAAACCUAGUUAAAUAGCAACUUGUUAAUGAAUCUGAAUGUGAAAUCAUGCAUUAAAUAUUUGUUUACUUUUUAUAUAGGUUGUAAGAAAUAUAAAGCAGUCAUCUCAUCCCAAACAAAGGGCACAAACUCUUCAAGUUUUAAACUAAGUUAAUAAGAUUUUAUUGUAUAUACUACUUACAGAAAACUAGGUUAAAGUCCGGCGAAUCACAUAUCUUUUUUAAAAUUCGAUUUUUGUUUUUUUUUUCUUGUUUUUUCUAAAAUUGCAUUGUGUCGCUUUAUUUAUUGGAUUUAAAUAUUAUGUUAUCUAUUGUUAUUAAGUUUUUGUAUGAAGUUUUGGCCUAGGUAUGCAAUACAAUUUUGUGCCUUCAAAUUCAGCAUAAUACGACGAUAGAAGCACAGAAACUUUUUUUAUAUCUUUAUUUGUGCUUAGCUUUUAGGUGUUAUUACAGAAAGUACUUUUAAUACAUGUCUAAAAUAUAAAUUACUUUUAUAAA